GAGUGCGCAGCGAGCGGCGGCGGGUGAAGCCGGUGUCGGAGCGGGAACCGCAGCGUCGCUGCCGCCCGCGGUGGGCGCCGCGCCCUGAGCGCCUGUGUUUUCCUUUCUCGCCUCCGUUGUUCCGACCGUCCUUGCCGCUCGCUGGGUCGCGAUGGAAGCGCCGCCCGCGGCCGGCGUUCCCACCGAGGGCGCUCCGGCGGCGGCCGGGGCAGAGGUGCGCUGCCCGGGCCCCACGCCGCUGCGCCUGCUCGAGUGGAAGGUGGCGGCCGGCGCGGCUGUGCGCAUCGGCUCGGUGCUGGCAGUGUGCGAGGCCGCUGCUUCCGCGGAGCCCGCAGGCACAGCCCCGGCUCGCACCACCUCUGGGGGCUGCGUGAAAUCCGCGCGGGCCGAGCGCAGGCUCAGGUCGGAGCGCGCCGGCGUGGUCCGUGAACUGUGUGCGCAGCCCGGCCAGGUGGUAGACCCUGGAGCACUUCUGGUGAGACUGGAAGGAUGCAGCCAUCCUGUCGUCAUGAAGGGCCUGUGUGCCGAGUGUGGCCAGGACCUGACCCAGUUGCAGAAUCAGAAUGGAAAGCAGCAGGUCCCACUUUCUACAGCAACUGUUUCCAUGGUCCACAGUGUGCCGGAGUUGAUGGUGAGCUCUGAGCAAGCUGAAAAACUAGGAAGGGAAGAUCAGCAACGACUACAUCGAAACAGAAAACUGGUCCUCAUGGUUGAUUUGGACCAGACCCUGAUUCAUACAACUGAGCAGCACUGUCCCCAGAUGUCCAACAAAGGCAUCUUUCACUUCCAGCUGGGCCGGGGGGAGCCGAUGCUGCACACCCGCCUGCGGCCCCACUGCCGGGACUUUUUGGAGAAGAUCGCCAAGCUGUAUGAGUUGCAUGUUUUCACUUUUGGCAGCCGUCUGUACGCCCACACGAUUGCAGGCUUUCUGGACCCUGAGAAGAAGCUUUUUUCUCAUCGAAUAUUGUCUCGAGAUGAAUGUAUUGACCCAUAUUCUAAGACAGGAAACCUUAGAAAUCUCUUUCCCUGUGGAGACUCAAUGGUUUGCAUUAUUGAUGACCGGGAAGAUGUCUGGAAGUUUGCCCCUAACCUUAUAACUGUGAAGAAGUAUGUCUACUUUCCAGGCACAGGUGAUGUGAAUGCACCUCCUGGGGCCCGGGAAUCUCAGACAAGAAAAAAAGUAAAUCACUCUAAAGGAGCUGACAUCUUGGAACAAGCUCUGUCAGUGAAGGAUCCUGAGGAAGGCAAGCCUGCAUCUGGGGUGGAGCAGAGCAAUGGCCUUGGGAAGACCUCCCGGGAACUCAAUGGUGGCGAGGCUGUACCAGGAGCUCUCCCCAGUAAAACAGACGAGAAGGAUACCUGGUCCCUUCCCCGGGCCUCUCCUAGCAGCAGCCCCCGCGGCCACGAGCUGACGGAACCUUCCGAGCUCCCAGUGUCUUGUGAGUGGGACAGUCGGACCACAGCAGGGAGGCAGCCCCCUCGGGGCGACUCCAGGCAGGAUUUGGAUUUUGACUUGUCCAGCGACAGUGAGAGCAGUGAGGGCAGCAGGUCCGAAGGGCGGAAGUCGUCCUCUGCUUCCUCCGAUGGGGAGAGCGAGGAGAAGAGAGGCCACAAGUCUCCAGCCACCCAGGACAGAACCCAAGUUCCACAGCAGGGGGCACCCCCUGACCCAAGUGCAGGGAGACCUACAGCAAGCCCCUUGGGAGAGUCUGGCUCCAGCACCCACCUGCAUGACAAAGGAUCAGACCUGGAUACACAGGAGGAGAGUGAACGGGACAGUCUCUGUGGCCUGGGCAAUGGCUGUGUGGACCGGAAGGAGGCUGAAACAGAGUCACAGAACAGUGAGCAGUCAGGUGUCACUGCGGGCGAGUCCCUGGACCAGAGUGUGGGGGAGGAGGAGGAAGAGGACACAGAUGAUGAUGACCAUUUGAUACACCUCGAGGAGAUCCUAGUCCGAGUCCACACCGACUAUUACACAAAAUAUGACAGAUACCUCAAGAAGGAGCUUGAGGAAGCUCCAGAUAUACGGAAAAUUGUGCCAGAGCUCAAGAGCAAGGUGCUGGCAGAUGUUGCUGUGAUCUUCAGUGGGCUGCACCCAACAAACUUCCCCGUGGAGAAGACUCGGGAGCACUAUCAUGCUACGGCCCUGGGAGCCAAGGUCCUCACUCAGCUGGUGCUGAGCCCUGACGCCCCAGACAGGGCCACUCACCUCAUUGCAGCUCGAGCUGGCACAGAGAAGGUGCGCCAGGCACAGGAGUGUAAGCACCUACACGUGGUCAGCCCUGACUGGCUGUGGAGCUGCCUGGAGCGCUGGGACAAAGUCGAGGAGCAGCUCUUUCCACUCCUAGACGAUGAUGCCCGGGCACACAGAGAUAACAGUCCUGCAGCCUUUCCAGACAGACAGAGUGUGCCCCCAACAGCCUUGUUCCACCCAACACCCAUCCAUUCCAAGGCCCACCCGGGCCCCGAGGUUCGGAUCUAUGACUCCAACACAGGCAAGCUCAUCCGGAUGGGCACCCAGGGUCCUGCACCAGCUCCCUCCAGUGCCCCACUUAUCCAUGGGGAGCCUUCCUCCUUCAGAGCUGUUCAGCCACAUCAGCAGCAGAUGUUUGGUGAAGAGCUGCCAGAAGCUCAAGAUGGAGAGCAGCCUGGCCCUGCUAGAAGAAAGCGACAACCCAGUAUGUCAGAGACAAUGCCGCUGUACACUCUCUGUAAGGAGGACUUAGAGAGUAUGGACAAAGAGGUCGAUGACAUCCUUGGAGAAGGCAGCGACGACAGUGACAGUGAGAAGAAGAAGCCAGAAGACCCAGACACGGAACAGGAACGAGCUCCGAAGCCCAGGAAGCCCAGGGCCCCAGGGGUCCGCAGAGAGCAGCCUCCAGGGUUGUCCUCGUCUGGAGAGAGGAGCGCCACCGGCGUGCGGGGGCCCAGAGGCCACAAGAGAAAACUGAACGAAGAGGACGCUGCCAGCGAGUCCAGCGGGGAGUCCAGCAACGAUGAGGAGGAGGGCAGCAGUUCAGAAGCCGAUGAGAUGGCCGCUGCUCUGGAGGCGGAGCUGAAUGACCUCAUGUGACGGGGACCUGCCACCAGACAGCCCCUGGGGCGGCUCCUUUUUCUCCAGAAAAACUUAGAUUUUGCAGAGCUCCACAUACAGAAACACAUUAUUUUGCAGAAAUAAGUGUUUGUAAGAAGUUUUACUAUAGGAAAGUCUACUUUUUUAAGCGACAAAGUGUUACGAGGAGUUGGUGUGCUAUGCCAAAGAGCUCGGCAGGGCCUCUCGUGGCGAGAGUGGACAUGUGAUGUCUAGUCAUGUAGUGAGGGCCUUGGGGGCUUCCCUUUGAAUACAACAGCAUAUUUAGUGUGAGGACUGGGGACCCAGGAAGACUUAGAGCAAUGUAGCGAAAACCUGGCGUCUUGGGCUUUGUUCACAGCUGAUGCGAUCAGAAUUGUGAAGGAUUUUUAAGUGAAACGGCAGUGUACAUACUUGUGUACAGGACACCAAGACUCACAGGCAGGCCUGGGAGCCUCAGCCACCCUGCAGGCCCUCGGCCGAUCUGCAGAUGACCUGGUUCCUGAUGCAGGUCCCGUCUGCAGCCUGGGCUGCCUGGGCCACAGCCUGCCACUGUGGGCAGUGUGACGAGAGGUGGCCUACGCUGCCCUAAGAGAGCUGAUGUAAAGUUUUUGUAUAUUUCAUACUCCACCCACCAGAUUCUUCUUCCAUUUAAUAAAGUCCUUUUUGUAAGUUC